AUGGACUACACAUUCACUGAGCUCACUGAUGAGCAAAAGAAGUACAUCAAGGCAACUAUACCAUACCUUGAAAAGGCUGGUGUCGACUUGACUGCUAAGUUCUACCUGAAUAUGCUUGAGAAAAAUGAAGAAGUAAGACCAUUCUUCAAUAAGGCUCACCAAGCUACCAGGGAACAGCCUGCUAUAUUAGCAUUUGCAUUGCUUGCCUAUGCUCAGAAUAUUGAUGAUUUGACUCCACUCGUUGGUUUCGUGAAGCAGAUCAUCAUCAAGCAUACAGGGUUACAAAUUAAGCCGCACCAUUAUCCAAUUGUCGGAACAAAUUUGCUUGAGACCAUGGUUGAAGUUUUAGGAUCAGAAGUUGCAAGUCCACCAUUAAUUGAAGCUUGGGCAACAGCAUACGGCAACUUAGCUAAAUUGCUAAUCGACGGUGAAAGGGAAAUUUAUGAACAGAACCAAUGGGAUGGAUUCAGAGAGUUUGAGGUUACACUGAUUGAAGAUGAAUCGAGCGAUGUUAAACUGGUUCAAUUCAAGCCGAAGGAUGCCACUCAAAAAGUGCAAAUUCCCCAAAGAGGUCAGUACGUGGGUAUUAGGUUUACUUUAGACGAUGGAACAGUAACCACUAGAGAAUAUUCUUUAUCAUCCUAUGAUACAGUUAAGAACAACAAGUAUCAAAUUUCUGUUAAGAGAGAUAGGAACGGCGGUAUUGUGUCAAAUUUUGUGCAUGACAAAUUGAGAGUAGGUGAUACUAUCAAGGUAUCUCCUCCAAAUGGAAAUUUUGUGUACAGACAUGAAGAAAGCAAACCUGUGUUAAUUUUCACUGCAGGAAUUGGUAUAACUCCAAUGGUUUCAAUUAUGCAACAGGCGCUAGAAAGUGGUAGAGAAGUCAUUAUGCACUAUUCCAAUAGUUCAGUUGAAGUACGUCCUUUUACCAAAGUAUUGCAACAAUUAAAAGAGAAAUAUGGCAAAACUUUCACCUUGAAUGAAUACAUAUCACAGGCUCAAGAGCAAGAAGGAAGCAUAAAGCUUGACAAGGUAUCUAACAGAAGGAUAGAAAGCACCGAUAUUCCAUCCAAUUCUGUAGACUACGACGUUUACUUACUUGGACCUAGCAGUUACAAUGAUGUGAUCUUUGGUGCUUUAGCUCAAAAGGGCGUGGAGAAAUCAAAAGUUGCAACAGAAGUAUUCGGUGUAUAUAAACCUUAG